GAUUGAACUGUCGCGAGUGGCUCGGUGGAAAUAUUGACCCACAAGAACACGGUUCUCUUUGUGCUGACGCGUCAACGUGAAGGCUUAGCUAGUUAGUUCAUUUGUACUAGUUGUCAUAUUUUGAUUGAAAAAGUUAGGAAUCUAAAUCCAGGACCAAGCAUAAAGGAAUCGGGUUCAUACAAUUUUUUGUUAUGGUCGCUGUGCGCAAACUCCACUUGUCUGAAUUUGAUAUCUUGUGAUAUGUUUAGUCUUCGGAUAAGAGCUGGUCAGUGUCUAUAGAAAACAUACUGUUAUUUGGUGUUUUGGUUUCCGUGCAUCCUGGAUUUUUUUUUGUAUUCUCCCCUAUUUUGUAUCUUGGAUUACGAUCUUCAGUAGGUUGCAAAUCAACAGAAGCAAGAGCAAAGAAAUACACCAAGUAAUAAAUAUUAAUAACAUUAGCUACCCAUACAAGGCACGGGUGUGCCCAAUCAUUUGGACCACAGGCAUAACGCCAGACGGGGGAGGUGUGAGCGAUUCGAACCGGACUGGCACGAAUACGACAAUAUGGAGGCAAAACCGGUGCAGGUGAUCGAAACACAGGCUGAUCACUCAUUCGUACUGAACGAGGAUGCACUGAACGAGAUUCUGCUGCAGGAAAAUGUACGGGAUCGGACGGUGGUCGUUGUGUCGGUGGCCGGUGCUUUCAGGAAGGGAAAAAGCUUUCUGUUGGAUUUUUUCCUGCGGUACAUGUACUCGAAGUACGUACAUCAUCAGAGCGCGUCGGAAUGGCUUGGGGCUGACAACGAACCGUUGACAGGAUUUUCCUGGCGGGGUGGCAGUGAACGUGACACGACCGGUAUUCUGAUGUGGUCGGAAAUCUUUCUGCACGACAAACCUAAUGGCGAAAAGCUGGCCAUCAUUUUAAUGGACACUCAAGGAGCCUUCGACAGUCAGAGUACCGUACGAGAUUGUGCCACAGUGUUUGCCCUAAGCACGAUGCUCUCUUCUGUGCAGAUCUACAACCUGUCCCAGAACAUUCAGGAAGACGAUUUACAACAUCUGCAGCUCUUCACCGAAUACGGGCGCCUAGCGCUAGCGGAUAGUGGCAAAAAGCCCUUUCAGCGAUUGCAGUUUUUGGUGCGUGACUGGAGCUUCCCAUACGAAGCAGAGUACGGUGCCUUAGGAGGGGAACUCAUUUUGAAGCGAAGACUGGAGGUGCAAGACAAGCAACAUCCGGAGCUGCAGUCACUUCGAAGGCACAUCACUUCCUGCUUUACGGAAAUCGCCUGCUUCCUGAUGCCACAUCCGGGUCUCACCGUUGCCACACACCAAACGUUCGAUGGUCGAUUGGCGGACAUUACGUCCGAGUUCAAGAACAGUUUGAAGGAACUCGUGCCGAUGCUGCUGGCUCCGCAGAACAUCAUCGCGAAGGAAAUCAAUGGACAGAAGGUGAAAGCGCGUGAUCUGGUGCAGUACUUCAAAUCGUACAUGGCUAUCUACAAGGGAAAUGAGUUGCCCGAACCUAAAAGUAUGCUGGUCGCUACAGCAGAAGCUAACAAUCUGACGGCGGUGGCCGCUGCGAAGGAGAUUUACUCACAGCUGAUGGAAGAUGUUUGUGGUGGAGCGAAACCAUAUCUAAGCUCGGCACAUCUGGACUCGGAACACAAUCGAAUAAAGGAGAAAGCAUUGCAUCAGUUUUCCUCCAAACGUAAAAUGGGUGGCGAGGAGUUUUCGGAAAAGUACCGUGAGAAGCUAGAGACGGACCUGGACGAAUCGUUUGCGACCUUCAGAGCGCACAACGAGAGCAAGAACAUCUUCAAGGCAGCGCGGACGCCGGCCGUCUACUUUGCGAUUGCCGUGGUUAUGUACAUUUUUAGCGGAAUCUUCGGGUUGGUCGGCCUGUACACCUUUGCCAAUUUCGCUAAUCUGAUCAUGGGAGUAGCGCUGUUGACGCUGGCUACGUGGGCGUACAUUAGGUACAGCGGAGAGCUUAGUGACUUCGGGGUGCGGUUAGACGAAAUCGCAAAUCUGCUGUGGGAAAAUAUCAUGAAACCAGUCUAUCAGUCCUGCAUGGAGAAAGGCAUUCAGCAUGUGGCAAACCAUGCGACCGAGUAUGCUAUAGGCGGUAAUGUUUCGACGUCUCGAUCGCCCGGAGCGCGCCAGGUAAAUGGCAAGGUAAAACACUCUUGAGAGUACGCCACGGGUGGCCCAAACGAUCAACCGAGUGGGUGGUGGCCGUGGUAUUUCGGCAGUAGAACGGCAGCUAAAUCAUCCGCCACUGGCAAAUUCAGCUGGUGGUCAUCGUCGUCAACAUCAGCAACUACGGUCCGAAACGUAAACAGUAACCACACUCACAGUAAUGGUAAUAAUACUAGGUUUAGUGUUCUAUUCGAUAGCGUUAGAGAUAGUGCUAACAACAGUAGCGUUAAGCGAAAUAACGACACCGACUACAAUAACAGUAGAACAAGCCGGGUGAUAAAAGCAAGCACAAGCACGGUCACGUGUAGCGAUGGAGGUGGCAAAGGAAGUCGAAGAAGAGCUAAAAAUGGUACCUAAACAGCGCUUGUGAACGACCGCCACACAAACACGCACGCUAGCUACUAAAAUAUCAACUUGAGUCCCAUUUAUGUUGCAUUUUUUGUUUAAAAUUUCCGUUCCGUUCCAAUAUCUGGUUUAAUUCGUCAUGUUAUAGAGAAUAUUUUAAUAUUUCAGAUUCUAUAUUGUCCCGCAUGCUGUUCUCUCGCUGUGUUGAAAGGCUAAUAUCAAGAGAAAGUUUACCAACUUUGCGAAUACAGACCAAUACAGAAUGUUACAUUUUUACUAUUAUUAGGUGUUUUGGGUUGUUUCAACUGAAACUGGGAACGAGAUUAGAAUAGUUUAAAUUACAGAGAGAGAAGAUAUGUGCCAAAUCAAUUCUGAAGCAUGAAAUAAACAAUUCGUUUGUGGCAUAACGAUAUAUUUCUGUUUGAAUGUAAUAAAUCAUGUUGUCAAAAGAUUGCUGGAUCAACGCUUUUUCUUGCCAAUGCGGAGCUGACUAUUAAAAGUUAUAGCAAAAAUAAAAACAUUUAACCUGAAACAUUCAUUAAGAAUGACGCGCGUUUUUGAGUUCUUAUGAUUUCAAAAUCGUACUGAUAGCAAUACGUACAUAAACACAUGCAAAGGGUAAAUGAUACUGUAAAUACUAUCUUAAAAUGUACACGCUGCUGAUUAUGGAACAUUGUCUAAUUCAUUCGAUUUAAGGGAAAAUUAGGCUUCAGAAGAAUAAAAAAAACACAAGGUAGGAAGGAGGAAUGUUUUGUAAAGAUCACCAAGUGGAAGGGUGUAAAUGCAAUAUAUUUAUUAACAACUUUAGUAUAACUAAAUAAAUAUUUCGAAAAAAAAUGUUAGCAGUAAAGGCCUGUUGAACACUUUUGCACUCUGGCAGAUUAUAUUUUGAACCCCUUUUCAGCAGCUGAUUUUCAUUGAGCCGUACUAGAUCUGUCUAAAAAAACAUACGAAAAUGUGACGCAAGAAUGGGUGUGUAUUUUGCUCAAUAGAUGUGAUUGAUACCUUGCUGUUCCGUGUUUUUAUUUUCAUUUAUGCUGCGAGCAGUUCUACAUACAAUUAGGUAAGGAUAAAUUAAGCAAUGUGUAACCGCGUGUUGUUUGUUCGUGAUUAACAGAAUAAAUAAUUAACAACGUUGAAAAUGACAACAAAACAGUUGGGCAAACAAACAAACAAACAAACAGAUCGUAAUAUGUAGUUUAUGUUGUACACAACGAAACAAUGGCGCGCGGAAAACGAAAUUAAAGUAAUUGACAUCUGCCUUAGCAGAGGGUGUAAAAUUACGAAAAAGAGUUGACAUGUGAAUUAUUUUUAUAUUAAAGUUACAAAAAAAAACAA